AUGUACUAUGAAUCGCCCUAUCAUAAUGAUUAUAUUCAAUAUGAUUAUAAAAGACCAGCACCAUUUCAAAUGAACUACAAUCAAAUGAAUCAACAACGAAAUUAUUUAAAUAAUAAUAUCAAUACAAUUCCUACAUUACCUUUAACAAAUAUUGUUCGACCACCAGUUCCUUCUAGACAAAAUAACAAGAAGUAUUAUUUGGUCUGCAUAGGUAUGCCUGUAAUAGAUUCGUCAUUAAACAAUUUUGUAAAUGUUCCACCAAAUCGUUUAACAUUACCUAACAUUUCCAAAUCAGACGAAUGGCCAUCAACAAACAUUUAUUCAACACCUGUAUCAAAGUCAAUGAUUGUUCAAAGUUUAGAAGAAUUAAAAUCUCCUUCAACAGAUUCGAUCACAAUAGACAAUCCGUCACAAACUGUUUCAAAUGAAAAAUCUCCAACAAAUGAAGCCGAUAUGAAAACAGAAUUUGUUAAUUUUCGUAAAAAACAAUUCGAAACAGGUCAUGUUGAAAAUAUAGUUCGUGAUCCUCAACGUGAAUUUAAAACAAAAAUAUAUUCUGAAAAGAAAAAAUAUGAAAAUGAAUGGAAUCGCUUAACUGCAAUAGCUGAUGUUGAAACUGUUAUGGAACGUGCAUCACAUUUUGAAGAUAUCGAUCCAGAUAAAUUUGCAAGAUUAAGAUCAAAAUUUCCAGUAUCACCACCAAUGCAUGAAAAUCUUGAACUUCAUCAAAAUUUCUUUUAUGAUUUUAAUCCAAAUCAUUUAUAUGAUUCUCAAUCACAAUUUAAAAUGAUUAAGCCAUCAAAUAGACAAUCUUCAAUCGAUUUAUCUUGUCCAUUACCAAUUCCAAGAGGCGGCGAUCUACGAAAUCUGGACUUUAAUUUUGAUCCUCGUUAUAUGAUACCACAAGUUCGACAAGAUCUAUCUCAAUCAACAACAAGUUCACAUUAUAAUCCAUUAGCAUCAACUGAAAGUUCAAGAUAUCUAACAGAAAAUUAUCCAACUAAUUCUUCAUCUCGUGGUGGGGUUAAUUUAAUUCGUCAGCAAUCAUAUAUUACUGCUGUUCGAUCAACUAAUCCGAGUGAACAACCAGAUUUUGUAUCUCAAUUUGGAACUCCGCCAACAUCAGAGCAAGAAAUGAAACAACGUCGAACACCUUAUUUAAUGAGUAAUGAUCAACGUAUAGCUUCUAAUCGAGGAGGUUAUGUUCCUUCGAAUUAUAAUAAUAAUAAUCGAUCAAUGGCACAAACACAAAAUACUUAUGACAUGAUUCGAGAACAAGAACCAAAAUUAAGAAAUUCUACUCAGCAACAAACACCAGCAAUUAAAAAAUUGAAGAACUUCUUUGGCGAAAAUAUAGCAUCAUUGGGUCAUGAAAUGGAACAUCGUCCAUCCUUAUCUCAAUCUCCAUUAUCUCCUCAUUCAUCAUCGGGUGGUCAAUCCAAAUCUGGUUCAAUAUUUGACGGUUCAACAGUUGAUGGAACUUCAAAUCCUCGUGAAUCAAUUUCAUUGACAACAAUGGCUGAUAAUUUAGAAGCAUCAAAAGAAGGAAUACUUUAUUGUAAAACUGUAUUAAAAGACGGCCGUCGAGCUGCUGAUCGUUCAUGGCGUGGAGCUUGGGCUGUACUUAGACGUGGAGCUUUAUUUCUUGGAAAAGAAAAAAAACAUGGGCUAUUAAUUCCACUUUCAUGUGAUUCAUUUCCAAUUAAUCUUCAAAAUGCUGAUGUUGAAUUAGCAAGUGAUUACGUUAAAAAGCCAAGAGUUUUCAAAGUAACAACAUCAAAUCAAAGUGAAUUUUUAUUUCAAGCACCAGAUAUGCAAUCCUUAAAUGAAUGGUUAGAUGUUAUCAAUGAGAACUGUGUUCCAUCAAAUUUACAACAAGAUAAUCCACAAAUUACGACUAAUGUUAAAAAUAAAAAACAAAGAAAAAGUACUGCAUCAUUGCCACCUAUUGUACCCAUUCAUCAUGAGCACGAUUUAUCAUCUGCAACUGGUGAACAACGUAAAUCAAGUUCGAAAUCGAAAGGUUCUUUUCGAAGUCCACCAUUGAAACGUUCUCCAAGUCUUCGCUUUCGUAAAUCUCAAAAAUCUUCAAUAACUCAACCUGCACAAGCAAUUCCGCCAUCAAGUGGAACAAAUUCUGCUCCGAAUGGUGCUAAUGUGACUUCACCACGUCGUUCAUUUGUUAAAUCAAUUGUCAAAAAGGGUCUUCGAACAUUAAAAUCAUCAUCAUCAUUAUUAACAAGCCAAAUGAGCGGACAAAUUUAUGAUGAAAGUAGUGGAGAAUCAUUAUCAUCAACAACGGGUGUUGGUGCACUUUCACAAGGAAUUAAUUUUGCUAUUGAAUUAGAAGAAUGUGAAUCAUCAUCCGUAUCACGUUAUAUUCCAAUUGUUGUCGAAAUUUUAACACGUCUUAUUGAAUUACGCGGAAUAAAUUAUCAAGGAAUCUAUCGACAUGCUGGAGGAGUUACGGCUGUUAAUUGGCUUGUUAAUGAAUUAGAUAAAGGUGCAGAAAAUAUCGAUUUUAAUUCUGAAAAAUGGUACGAUGUUAAAGCUGUUGCAUCAACAUUAAAAACAUUUUUUGCUAAAUUACCUGAUUCACUUUUGUCGUCAAAGAUGAGUAGUUUAUGUGUUGAAGCAAGUCGAAUCGAACGUCAUUGUGAUCGUUUAGUAGAAUUAAAACGACUUGUUGUUCAAUUGGAUGAUUAUCGAUUUGAAACAUUAAAAUAUUUAUGUGCUCAUUUUCGAAGAGUUGCUGCCAAAUGUCAUAUUAAUAAGAUUGAUGCGAGAAAUCUAGCCAUUAUAUUUGGACCAACAUUAAUAUGGGAUUCAAAAGCAUCGUUACAAUUAAAUCUUGUCGAUAAUCCAGAAAAAAUCAGAAUUAUUGAAUCAUUUAUUUUAUAUUAUGAAUGGUUUUUUACUAAUAAUUCUUAUGAAUCAAUUCCAAUUGAAAUAAAUCCUCAAAUGCCUCGAUUACCUCCAGUAAUAAGCCAUGGAACAAUGGAUUCUGAAACAUUAUUAAAUAGUGAAAUCAAACCAGGUGAAAUAAUUCAGAAUAUUGUCCAUGCAGCUAAAAGACGAUGGUCGUCUUCAAUUUUACUUGACACGAUAUCAUCAUUAAAUUCAAAAAAAUCAACAGCAAAUGAUCAACAAACAUCAAAACCAAUCAAUAUAUUUGUUAAAAGAAAUCGUCGACGAACUAAACUUAAUCGAUCAUAUUCAAUUGACUUGUUACUAAACGAGAAAAAUAUUCAACAAAUAGAUGAAAUAAUUUCAUCUAAAUCAACAGAUUCAAUGUUUUAUUCAAUGUCAGAUAAACGUUCGAAAAGUGUUAAAGAUUUUAUAAAUUAUUUUAUUUCAUCGAAAUCAAAACAUUUACAAAAUGAAAAUGUUUCAACUCCAUGUCUUUUGCAUACAAAAAAUGAAAAUGAAAAUAUUCAUUUUUCUGAAAAAACUUCAUUAUUAAAAGCAAAAUUAAUUCAACAUGACCAAAUUCUUCAAAAUUUCAAACAAACAAUAAAUCAAGCUGAUCAUCAACUUUCAUUAUACUAUAAAUCAUUAAAAGAAGAUUCUUCUUGUUCUUCACAUUCUUUACCUUCUUGUUAUUUAUCUUUAUAUGCCUUAGAACUUUUGUGA